GUAAUUAGUGACUUAGCAGGCCACGUAUUUAUUUGUAAACGUCAACUGGUUAGAUUUUAAAAUUACAUUAAAUGUUCUUAACAGUUUUUAAAGAUAAAAUUAUUAACUAACAUUUGUUGAGUCUAUUUAAAAAGAUAUCUCUUUAAACUACCUGUUUUAAUUAUUAAAACAAGAAAUGUUAACCAAAUUUGAAACGAAGUCUGCAAGGGUGAAAGGUUUAUCCUUUCAUCCCAAACGGCCGUGGAUUUUAGCCAGUUUGCAUAAUGGAUGUAUUCAAUUAUGGGAUUACCGUAUGUGUACAUUGCUGGAAAAAUUUGAUGAACAUGAUGGUCCUGUCAGAGGUAUUUGCUUCCACAAUCAACAACCUCUUUUUGUAUCAGGCGGGGAUGAUUAUAAAAUUAAGGUUUGGAAUUACAAACAAAAACGGUGUAUAUUUACUCUAUUAGGUCAUUUGGAUUAUAUCAGAACCACAAUGUUUCAUCAUGAGUAUCCUUGGAUUGUGUCAUCUUCUGAUGAUCAAACUAUAAGAAUUUGGAAUUGGCAAAGUCGUACUUGUAUAUGUGUAUUGACAGGUCACAAUCAUUAUGUAAUGUGUGCCACAUUCCAUCAAACUGAAGACCUGCUUGUAUCAGCAUCCUUAGAUUCAACUGUCAGAGUUUGGGACAUAUCUGGUUUGCGCAAAAAAAAUGUUGCACCUGGUCCUACUGGAUUGGAGGACCAUUUAAAAAAUCCUGGUGCAACAGAUUUAUUUGGUCAAGCUGAUGCUGUUGUUAAACAUGUUUUGGAGGGCCAUGAUCGAGGUGUUAAUUGGGCAUCUUUUCAUCCCACAUUGCCUUUAAUUGUAUCAGGUGCUGAUGAUAGACAAAUUAAAUUAUGGAGAAUGAAUGAUUCUAAAGCAUGGGAAAUUGAUACAUGUAGAGGGCACUACAACAAUGUUUCCUGUGUAUUAUUUCAUCCCAGACAAGAAUUGAUGCUUUCAAAUAGUGAAGAUAAAAGUAUAAGGGUUUGGGAUAUGACCAAAAGAACCUGUUUGCAUACUUUUAGAAGAGAACAUGAAAGAUUUUGGGUAAUGACCUCACAUCCAAACUUAAACUUAUUUGCUGCAGGCCAUGAUUCUGGCAUGGUUAUAUUUAAAUUGGAAAGGGAACGUCCAGCCUAUACUGUGCAUGGAAAUUUAUUGUACUAUGUUAAAGAAAGAUAUUUAAGAAAACUGGACUUUAAUACUGCUAAAGAUGUUGCAGUUAUACAAAUUCGAGGGGGAGGCAAAGUUCCAGUUUUCAAAAUGUCUUUCAAUCCAGCAGAAAAUGCAGUAUUACUUUCAAACAGGCUUUCCAAUUUGGAUAAUAGUACCUAUGAUUUGUAUACUAUUCCCAAAGACUUGGAACGUGAUGAUGUGGUUCCAGAAGUUGAAAGUAAAAGAUCUUCUGGACUAACUGCUCUUUGGGUGGCAAGAAAUAGGUUUGCUGUUCUUGAUAGAUCCCAUCAAUUAAUUAUCAAAAAUUUGAAAAAUGAAGUAACAAAAAAAGUCCAAACACCUGCUUGUGAUGAGGUGUUCUAUGCUGGAACUGGAAUGCUAUUACUUAGAGAUGCAGAACAUGUUACUUUAUUUGAUGUUCAACAAAAAAGAACAUUAGCACAAGUUAAAAUCAACAAAUGUCGAUAUGUUGUUUGGUCUGCAGAUAUGAACUACAUCUCAUUACUUGCAAAACAUACAGUUACAGUAUGCAACAGAAAAUUGGAUGUGUUGUGUUCUUUACAUGAAAAUACUAGAGUUAAAUCUGGAGCAUGGGAUGACUCUGGCGUAUUUAUAUACACCACAAGUAACCACAUUAAAUAUACAUUAACAAAUGGGGAUCAUGGAAUAAUCCGCACAUUAGAUCUUCCAAUUUACAUUACCAGAGUUAAAGGAAGUCAGGUAUUUUGUCUGGAUAGAGAAUGUAAACCUAGAGUGUUAACUGUAGACCCAACUGAAUACAAAUUUAAAUUGGCUUUGAUUAAUCACAAAUAUGAGGAAGUUUUAUAUAUGGUUAGAAACUCAAGAUUAGUAGGGCAGUCUAUUAUUUCAUAUUUACAACAAAAAGGUUAUCCAGAAGUAGCUUUGCACUUUGUAAAAGAUGAUAAAACUAGAUUUUCUUUGGCAUUGGAAUGUGGAAAUAUUGAAAUUGCAUUGGAAGCUGCCAAAUCCUUAAAUGAUAAAUCAUGCUGGGAUGAGUUAGCCGAAGCAGCUCUAUGGCAAGGAAACCAUCAAGUUGUCGAAAUGUGUUAUCAACGCACCAAGAGUUUUGAAAAAUUAUCUUUUCUUUAUUUAGUAACAGGUAAUUUGGAUAAAUUAGUGAAAAUGACAAAAAUUGCAGAAAUACGAAAAGCAAGGUCUUCACAGUAUCAUGGAGCAUUACUUUUGGGAGAUUUAAAAGAAAGAGUUAAAGUAUUAAAAGAUUCAAAACAGUAUGCUUUAGCAUAUCUCACUGCUGCUAGUCAUGGUAUGGUUGAUGAUGCAGAAAUACUUAAAGUUCAAAUUGGUGAUGAUAAAAAAUUGCCUGAUGUUGAUCCAAAUGCUAUAUUUCUUAAACCACCUCCACCAAUACAACAAGCAGAACCAAAUUGGCCACUGUUAACUGUAUCAAAAAGCUUCUUUGAAAAUAGAGCUGCCGUAUCUUCGAGUGCGGUUGGAAAAUCUCUUAUGGCUGAACCCUCUGCCAAUCUUGAAAUGGAAAGUGCUGGAGGUUGGGGUGAUGAUGAGGAUGUCUUAGAACCAGAAGAAAAAUCUGUAGAGUUGGAAGGUGAUGGUGAUGGUGGUUGGGAUGUAGAAGAUGCAGAUUUAGAAAUACCAGAUUUAGGACCUACUGAAAUUACUACUUCAGAUAAUUAUGUACAUCUGCCAACUCAAGGAACUUCCCUUCCUUCAUCAUGGACAAAAAGUUCACAAUUGGCUGCGGAUCAUAUUCUUGCAGGUUCAUUUGAAACUGCAUCCAGAUUGUUAAAUGACCAAGUUGGCAUUGUAAAUUUUAAGCCAUUUGAGAAUUUGUUUUUACAAUUAUAUGGUAGUUCAAAAACAGUAUCAACAUGGCAAGGUAACUUGUUACCUACAUUUAGCUUUCCUCUUCGUAAUUGGAAAGAUGCAGGUCCAAAGGGUGGUCUUCCCACAGAAGGUGUAAAAUUAAAUGAGUUGGUAUCAAAACUGCAAGUAUGUUAUCAAUUAACCACAGGUGGAAAAUUUACUGAGGCUAUAGAAAGAUUUGAAAAUCUUUUAUUAUCAGUAACUUUACUAGUGGUAGACAAUAAACAAGAACUUUCUGAAGCGCAUCAACUGCUUAAAAUAUGUAGUGAGUAUAUUUGUGGUUUAGAGAUGGAAACGUUUAGAAAAUCUUUGCCGAAAACAUCCAUUGAAGAACAAAAACGCCAAUGUGAAAUGGCUGCCUACUUUACGCAUUGCAAGUUACAGCCUAUUCAUCAAAUUUUAACAUUACGUACUGCCUUAAAUAUGUUCUUUAAAGUAAAAAACUACAAAACUGCGUCUUCGCUGGCCAAGAGGCUAUUGGAAUUGGGCCCACGUCCUGAGGUGGCUCAGCAGGCAAGAAAAAUUUUACAGGCCUGUGACUCUAAUUUAACAGAUGAACUUCAAUUAAAUUACGAUGAACAUAAUCCAUUUUCGAUUUGUGGUUAUUCAUACACCCCCAUUUACAGAGGAAAACCUGAAGAAAAAUGUCCAUUAUGUGGUGCAUCUUAUUUACCUAAAUAUAAAGGCAAUGUAUGUAAUGUUUGUAAGGUUUCUGAAAUUGGCAAAGACACAAUUGGGCUGAGAAUUAGCUUACACCAAUUUAAAUAAGUAUUAAAUAAUAAUUAUAUUGUUAAUAAGUAUAUUUAGGUAAGUUUGUAUUAAUGUAUAAAAUAUGAUAUUUAAUAUAAAUAUAUAAUAAAUAA